GACCCUUUCUUUUCUCCCGUGCGAGCCCCGACCCUUUCUUUCUCCCCCAACCCUUUCUUUCUCCCGAGCGAGCCCCGACCAUUUCUUCCUCCUCCCGACCCUUUCUUUCUCCCGUCGCACGCGAUUCUUCCUCCCUCAUUCCUGCACCCUCCCUCCUCCGGCGAGACUCCCUCGACGCUGCACAGAACGCCCCGACUCUUCCUUCCUUCCGGCGAUGCGAAUCUUCCCUCCUUCCUGCUCCUAUUAUUGCUGUGGAUUUGUGUUCUUCCUCUUGAACGUGCUUCACAUAAGUUCUUUCCACCAAAUAGCUAUGCAGCCUAAGAGGAUUGAGCAUUUACCAGUUUUGGAGACACCUGUAGAUGAUUGUUCUUCCAGUGGCCGACCGCUAUGUAGGGAGACACGUGACACACAUUCUGAUCGACUGCGACGCCAGAUCAGUGCUCGGGGUAGAUUGCCCGUUACUUUUCGUCAGAGCGAUGGACAUCCCAUUGGCCCUAAUGCAGCUUCAUUUAUGACCGAGUUAGGCCUCUCGGUAAAGAAGUUUGCACCAUUACAAGCUAAGAGUUGGAAACACAUCCCCGCUGAGAAUAAAAAGAUGAUAUACGAUCGAAUAUCAGCUGCUUUUGAUAUAAGUUUUCAGGAGGGCUCAUCGUCGGUCAUGAAGGAGACCGACCGAUUGAUGAGCGCACGAUAUAGAGACAAUAGAUCUAAAAUGCAUAACCAUUAUAAGAAGUUAUCUCACCUUCCUCCUGCUGAGCGUCGACAGCAUAUUCCGAUUGAGUUCUGUGAGACUCAAGACGAUUGGGACUACAUGUGUACUCUGUUUGAAUCUGAGAAACGAUCUGCAAUAAAUGUCGAAAAUCGAGGAAAACUCUCAUAUAACCAUCGUGGAGGUUCUAAAUCAUUCAUCCAGUAUAGUUACGACGGUGAUGAUAUGGUGAGACUACGUGAUGAGUGUAUUCUAUCACAAAAUUCAGAAGAUGUCAUCGAUGUAUUCCAAAUUGCAGAUACAGUUUAUGAUCAGGUCCUCGGUACUCGGUCUGGAUACAUCAGAGGACUUGGAAGUGGGCCGAAGCCAGUUAGGUCUACUUCUUCAGAUGCCACAUCCUCAUCCAGAUCAACUAAUGCUGCAUUGCGUGAAAGACUUGAAUCGACCCAAGAUGAGUUAGCGAGCACCAAAAUUCAGCUAGCAAACACGCAAGAUGAGUUAGCAUCAAUUAAAUCAAGACAAGAUAAGUUUGAACAAAUACUUAACCGAUUGGCACCUGGAGCAUUAGAUUCCUUGAUCCAUGCUUCUUCUUCAACUCCACCUCCUCCUCCUCCUCCUCCGUCUUAGGCUUUGAUGUUGUAGACUUUUGGAUAGAAACAUGAUGUUCUGACUUGUUUUUAACUGGUUUGGAUUUUUUGUUGUGAAUUUGUUUGGAUUGUUGGUUGUGAACAUAUUUUGAAUUUGGUUUGUGAA